AAAAAAACAAAACAAAAUAGCUUAAACUACUCAACGCCAAUCCAGAAUGAAAGAAUAUGAGAGUGAGAGAGGCAGAGACUUUAUAGACGUGAAGAAGAAUAAGAAGAGGAGGAAAUGAUCCAACCCACACCUUCAUCUCCUUCUUCAUCUUCAUCUUCUUCAUCGCCAUCUUCUCCACAAUUGAUGCAGAUCUACGAAAGCGUAACCCUAAUUCCCGGUCUCCCAAACGACGUCGCAGCACUCAUUCUCUCCCUCAUCCCCUACUCCCACCAAGCCCGCCUCAAACCAACCUGCAAAUCAUGGAAGCUCUUUCUCUCCUCCAAAACCCUAAUCGCUCUCCGCCAAACCCACCGUAACCUCUCUCACCUCCUCUGUAUCUUCCCCCAAGACCCCUCCGUAGCCUCUCCUUAUCUCUUCGACCCCCAAAACCUAGCCUGGUGCCCCCUUCCCCCCAUGCCUUGUAACCCCCACGUCUAUGGCCUCUGCAACUUCACAUCUCUCUCCAUUGGCCCCCACCUCUAUGUCAUCGGCGGUUCGCUCUUCGACACUCGCUCGUUCCCGAUUGACCGUCCCUCGCCGUCCUCCGCUGUCUUCCGAUUCGAUUUCAACACUUCCUCGUGGGACUUCCUCGCCCCGAUGCUCACACCACGUGGCAGCUUCGCCUGCGCCGCGGUUCCGAGCUCCGGCGAGAUUCUCGUCGCUGGCGGUGGCUCUCGUCACACGCUGUUCAGCGCCGCUGGAAGCCGAAUGACCUCGGUGGAGCGAUAUGACAUUGGUAGAAAUGAAUGGGUUGCCAUGGACGGGUUGCCGGGUUUUCGGGCCGGGUGCGCGGGGUUCUUUGUUGGGGAAGGGGAGGAGAGGGAGUUCUGGGUGAUGGGUGGGUACGGCGAGUCUAGGACGAUAUCAGGAGUUUUUCCAAUAGACGAGUAUUACAGAGACGCCGUGGUGAUGGAAUUGAAGAAUGGGAAUGGUGGUGGCAGGUGGAGGGAGCUUGGGGAUAUGUGGGAAGAAGGCGAAAGGGUGAGGCUCGGCAAAGUUGUCGUAAUCGAAGAUGGUGAUGAUCGUGGACGCCCUGCUGUUUUCAUGCUUGAUGGGAAUGAUAUAUUCAGGUAUAACAUGGCUUCAAAUCGCUGGUUUAAGGAGUCGCGUAUACCAAGAAAGGCUCCUUGCAACUCAUUAUUUGGAUUUGUUGUAUUGGACGGAGAGCUGCAUGCAAUCACCCUUUUGAAGGCAGUUGAGACAACAGAAACCCGAAGGUCGCGAUUGCAUAAGAGGGCGGGAACGCUGUACAUCCAAAUCUACAAUCCUAAGAAGAAGACAUGGAGAUCUCUCAUUACGAAGUCGCCUUUCCAUUACAGCUUGGAUUUCAAUACUGCAGUUAUGAGCACCAUUCGCUUGUGAAUUUCGAUUCUUAUUGUGCGUACUCAUGUUAAUAGUUGUACCGAUUGAUGUGCAGCAUUGUCUAUAUUGGUCCACCUCACCUGGUCCAUUGCUGCCAGCAUAUUUGUAAAGCCCUUCAAUGUACAGCAGACUGAGAUAUAUAGAUCCUUAGCUGUUAGUGAAGUGCUAAUUAGUUAAGGUUGAAUUCACAUGAGUUUCAUAUAUUGUAUCAGUUGUUUUUCCAGACUCCAGAGAUUAAAUAUAGAUAAAGUUCUGUGUAAAAUA